AUGUUCUCUUUCAUAAUUAUUCUUGCUGUUUCGGCAGUUGCCGCAAUACAGCAACAAACAGGUGUACAGAGGCGUGUGCAGUCAUUCUUCGAAACUCCAGGACACACCAAUAACUGGGCAAUAUUGGUCUGUACAUCACGGUUUUGGUUUAAUUACCGUCAUGUUGCCAAUGUUCUAUCGUUAUACCAUUCAGUAAAAAGGCUUGGAAUUCCUGAUAGCAAUAUUAUACUUAUGUUAGCUGAUGAUAUGCCGUGCAACGCCAGAAAUCCGAAACCUGGUGCGGUAUACAACAAUAAAUAUGAACGUAUCAACCUAUAUGGUGUUGAAGUUGAAGUGGAUUAUCGUGGAUAUGAGGUAUCAGUUGAAAAUUUCAUGCGUCUUAUGACGGGAAGAAUUCAUCCAGCUACGCCACGCUCGAAACGUCUUCUUUCAGAUCACCAAAGUAAUGUUCUGAUUUACCUUACUGGACAUGGCGGUGAUGGCUUCUUGAAGUUCCAGGAUUCCGAAGAAUUAACAAAUGUUGAUUUGGCGGACGCCAUCGAAACUAUGUAUCAAGGCAAUAGAUAUAAUGAAAUGCUUGUGAUAGCAGAUACAUGUCAAAGUGAAUCGAUGUAUCAAAAAAUAUAUAGCCCGAAUGUACUUGCAACAAGUAGCUCUCUUGUAGGCGAAGAUUCUCUUUCGUAUGAUGUUGAUCAAUCUAUUGGUGUAUAUAUCAUAGAUCGAUAUACGCAAUUCACACUUGAAUUUCUUGAAAAUGAAGUCAAGUCGUUAUUGACAAAUAGAUCUAUGACUGAUUACUUUGAUUCUUGUCCGAAAUCGAAAUGUCUUUCAACAGUCGGUGUACGUACGGAUUUGUAUUCGAAAGAUCCGGCGAGAGUUCGAGUAACUGACUUCUUUGGCUCAUCAAGGAUAAUUCGUACAAUCAUCGAAAAAAUUGAGUUUGAUGAUGCAUGGAUGAACGUGCCUCCGUACUAUGGAAAAUCUGUGGGCGGUGAUGUUAUUUGA